UCGUCAAAGCCUCUGAUGGCAUCAUCUUUCAAGAAAAUCUUCUCCACUUUCAUGCAAAACCCAAGAAACCUUACACAUCCUUCCCUCUCGACUUCAAGAAUCCAUGUUUUCGCCAUUUCUCUUCUCCUUCUCUCCCUCAUCUUCCUCUCUUCGUCACUCGCCAACCACUCUUUCGCCCUCACUGCCGCUUCUCUAGCCUCUCGCCUUCUCACUGCAGCAAACUAUGUCUCCCCCUUCACUUCAGUCCCUUGUUCUUCAUCGAACACCUGCCUCGUCUCGGAUUCUCGCGAUAACUGCAUGUUCUCUUCUGUCACUGCAAUGCAGAAGACCCGUAGCAGUGAUUCGAUACAAUCAGAAUCUGAUGUUAUACAAGAGUUGAGUUCUUGUGAUAUCUUUGAUGGUAAGUGGGUGGAUGAUUCUGACCCGAUUUACCCACCCGGGUAUUGUCCGUACAUCGACGAUUCCUUCAAUUGCUUCAAGAAUGGAAGGUUGGACACUGAUUAUCUUAAAUACAAAUGGAAGCCGCAUGGGUGUCACAUUCCAAGGUUUGAUGGGAGAAAAAUGUUGGAGAUUCUGAGGGGAAAGAGGCUGGUUUUUGUUGGAGACUCAUUGAACAGGAACAUGUGGGGGUCUUUGUUGUGUGCAUUGAGAGAAUCGUUGAAGGAUAAGAGCAGAGUCAUUGAAGUUUCGGGUAGGCGUCAAUUCAGGAGUCAAGGGUUCUUCUCUUACAAAUUCAGAGAUUAUGGAUGCUCCAUCGACUUUAUCAAAUCCCCAUUCCUUGUUCAAGAAUGGAAAGGCUCGGACAAAAGAGGCAAACGAAGAGAAACACUGAGGCUCGACAUGAUCGAGGGCUCUUCCUCAAAGUACUCUGAUGCUGAUAUUAUCAUCUUCAACACUGGUCACUGGUGGACUCACCAGAAAACCUAUAAAGGGAAAAGAUACUUUCAAGAAGGCAGCCAUGUCUAUAACAACUUAGAGGUCACUGAAGCAUACACUAAAGCUUUAAGAACUUGGGCACAAUGGGUUGAUGCUAAUAUUAACAGCACUCGCACUAGGGUCUUCUUUCGCGGAUAUUCAGCGUCCCAUUUUAGGAAAGGGCAGUGGUAUUCUGGUGGGAGAUGUGAUGCUGAGAGGCAACCAAUAAUGAAUGAUACACAGCUUACUGCAUAUCCAUGGAUGAUGAGGGCCCUUGAAUCUGUUAUAGCAGAGAUGAAGACACCAGUCUUUUAUCUCAACAUUACGAAGAUGACCGCGUACAGACAAGAUGGGCAUCCUUCGAUUUACCGGUCACGGGAGAUCCCUAGAAACUCUGGGAUGAUCCAAGACUGCAGCCAUUGGUGCCUUCCUGGUGUUCCCGACUCAUGGAAUGAGCUUCUCUAUGCCACUCUGCUUAUAUCACAGAACAAAUGCAAUGUUCUUUCUGGAAGUCUAUCUCAUUCGAUGGCAACAAGGCCUCAAAAAAAAUGGCUUGAGGCUCAGGCAUUAAGCGAGAAGCAAACGGGAGCACUACUGGAGUUUCGAUCGGAGUUAUACAGUGAACGGAAAAUUCUGGCCUGA